AUGGAAGCUGGCCAAGAAGAGUUCGGCAUGGAAGCUGGCCAAGAAGAAGAGCUUGUCUUUCAUCGCGUGCUCGCCGAGCGUUAUCUUGACCGCGACACGCCUCUUGCCGAGGAGGUCGAGUAUGGCCUGCAGCACCUGCACCCCUGCCAGCUCCUCUACAAGGGCCGCCCCUGCGAGCGCCAAACCCUGGCCGACCUGGGCAUUCUGCGGGGUUCGGAGGCUGAGGAGUUCAAGAUGCUUGGGGACGUCGACGUCCAUUCCGAGGGGUACCACUGUCAUGACAGCUACAUGGUCCGACUGGCCUGCAAGGAUCCCCAGCGUUUCAGUGUGGCCUUCUGCCGCCACUUUCAUGGGCCGGACUUCCAUGCACACAUGCAGGCGAUCAGGGAAGGGCGAGGUGGGGGAGGUCAGCAUGAGCCGUACUUCGAAGAAGUUGUGGUGGUGGAUAUGGUUGCAGAGAAGAUCCAGUCCGGGGAGGGCAUCCGGAAUAUGGCCCGCAGUGUCUGUCGCUAUCCUGACCAAGGGCGUGAGGGCUUCAGGGUCGUGAGACCUCUAGCGCUCGCAGAGGAUGAGAGCGUUUACCUCCUAACAGCGGUGAGUGGCGCGGGAGGUAUGGAGGAGUACCGGGUACAUCGUGCUGCACACAACUCGCAGCACACGGAUCCAGGAGCACUUGAGCUUCUGUUCGAUGCUGGAGACAUGUGCAUCUUCAACUGCAUCUUCGCCAAGGGCUGCUUGUUCGCUCUUGCCGCCAAGGGCGACGGCCAGAGUAAGUACAUACUGGAGCUGAGACUUGAUGAUGGCCAGCUUACCGAGCUACGGCGGGCUCCUCUCGUGCUGCCCGCUUGCGAGGGCUGGUCUCAGGACAGAACACAGCGGCCUCGCUUCCUUUGUCUGGACGAUACGGGUGAUGCGCUGUGGGUGAACACCUCUGUUGCUCUGCUUGCCCUUGCAAUGGACACCUUGGAGCCUCAUACCUGCUGCCUCUGGAAGGACCUGCGGGCGGCAGAGCCACGCGAGCACCUGAAGCUGCAUGUUCGGAGUGUGCUGCUUCACAAGCAGACGCGGGAAGUGUACCUACUGUUUGACAACAGCACCGGUGUCUUUCACACCCGUUAUCAGACCGAGAUUGAUGACCUGUCGGUCUAUGAUCCUUGCUUUGUUCGGCGCUUACUCCCAUCUCCAGGGAUCGGGAAAGUCUGCUACGAAGAUCUUCCGGGCGACAAAGUUGCCAUCGGCAACUUCCGCAUUGACGGCUUCUCGGAUUCUUUCUGCAUCACGGAGUCCCACAUGCUGGAGUCCCCCUCUUCGCAGCACCUGCGGGUCUUUGACGCAGAGGGGGGCUUCUGGGACUUGGAAAUUUGA